GAUGACGUCAUGGUCUUUAGCCUAUCAGCAAACCCAGGGACCGGUGUUUAUUGAUCCACAUGUUUUGUUUUCGACGAUGCUGGGCUGUGAAUGUGUUUGUUACGCCGGCUGAAGAAAAGUUGAGAUAUCGGUGUAGUGCAGAGAAGAACGUCUGCGUGCGGUUGGCUAAUGUGAAAAAUUAUGGACAAGGCAUAUGCAUCAUCUGAAGACUUCCUACUUCCAAGAAAAAUGAAGUCCUUCUCGUCAACGAAACGCGCAAAAAGUUCUGAGCGUGAAACUGCUGCCACUUCAGCGAAGAGAGUGAAGGCAGAGCCCAAAAUCUCAAAAUUAACAGCAGAUAGCACUGAGGCUGGAAACAAGAAGACACGUCAGCAGGAUAUACAAAAACAAGUGAAACAAAAGCGUUCCAAAUCCACUACUGCAUUUACUAUUGAAAACAAACGUACAGAUCCCACAAGAAUAAAACAGUUUAAUCAGCAGCAAAAUAAUGCCGACAGUAUUGAGGCUGGAAACAAGAGGACCCGUCUGGCUAUGCAAAAACAAGUGAAACAAAAGCGCUCCAAAUCAGCUGCUGCAUUUACCACUGAAAAGAAACAUACAGACCCCACAAGAAUAAAACAAUUUAAUCAGCAGCAAAAUAAUGGUUCGUUGUCAGCAGAUAGCACUGAGGCUGGAAACAAGAGAACACGUCAGCAGGCUAUACAAAAACAAGUGAAACAAAAGCGUUCCAAAUCAGCUACUGCAUUUACUACUGAAAAGAAACGUACAGACCCUACAAGAAUAAAACAGUUUAAUCAGCAGAAAAAUAGUGAUAGCACUGAGACUGGAAACAAGAGAACACGCCAGCAGACUAUACAAAAACAAAUGAAACAAAAGCGUUCCAAAUCAGCUGCUGCAUUGACUACUGAAAAUAAACGUACAGACCCUACAAGAAUAAAACAGUUUAAUCAGCAGAAAAAUAGCGGUCAUGCAAACUGGAGGGAACUGAAAGAAAGAAAAAAGUCUCUCAAGCAGAUGAGGAAGCAGAAAAAAUUUGCUGUAAUUGAUACCAUCUCCCAGGCCAAAAAGUUGUAUGAAAUUAGUAAAAGUAAUAAACUUCCAAAGAAACAAAGAGAAGAAAUAGGUUCCAGGCUGUACAACUUACUCAAGGGACACCUAAAAGCUAUUGUUUACAAGCAUGAUAUGACAAGAAUUACUCAAUUGCUUAUGAAGGUAUCACCAGAAAACACCAGACAUGCUAUAUGGUCUGAGCUGAAACCUGAAUUACUUAAGAUGAUGACAUCUAAAUAUGCAGCACAUACCGUCAUUUCCAUACUGGAGUUUGGCGGUACAGCAGUACGAAAGGAAGUGGCAGGUUUGCUCAAAGGUCACGUCUUAGAGCUUCUAAAAAACAAGGUGGCUUCCAUGGUAAUUGACAAGAUCUACAAGACUUAUUCUGUGCCAGAGGACAGAGACUGGAUGAGGAAGGAAUUGUCUGGAUUUAAAGACGACAAGACUAUUUCAAAGUUCUUGGAAAUUAUUGAGGGACAAGGAUGUUUUUGUCCUGAAUCUCCUGAAAGCAAGCUUCUUCAGUCCUUAGUGGAAUGUGUAAAACAAGAAGAAGAAAGUAGUGUAACAGUGUCCACAAAAGUAACAUUACAGAUGCUGAUUGAAAAGGACCUGGCUUUAAAUGCUCUUGUGCAGAGUGUUUUGAGUGAUUACUUGAUGAAAUGCAACUCUACAGACAGAAAGGAAUUAAUAAGUACUCUGCAACCAACUCUUGAGCGAAUUUUGGAUGCGGGACUCGAUACAUUUAAUGCAGUAAUGUUAUUAAUUCAAUACGUCUGGUUUGGGUCCAGUAAAGAAAGGAAGUGGGUAACCAAACAGUUGCACUCUAAAAUGCCAGGCAUUGGUCUGCAAAACUAUAGUUAUUUGCUGGUAAUGAUAGUUUUAGAAUGUAUGGAUGACACGGUGCUUCUGAAAAAGACACUUGUGAAAGAUGUUCUUAAAGAUCUGAGAGAGUUUGUUGACAGUAACUAUGGGUGGAAAAUUAUUAUGCAUAUACUGGCACCAAGAAGCCCACGCCAUUUUUCAUCAUCAUAUCUGAGUCUUUUGAAGAUGGGAGAUUCCAUAGCUGUUAAGAAGAAGUCUGAUGAAGUAAGACAUGCAGAGCUUUUAGAGCCCUUCAUUAAUCCUCUUUUGGAAGAUAUCAACACUGAUCUAUCCUACUGGAUAUCUGAUGGUCGUCGAACUGUGUUGUGUUAUGAAGCAAUUUGUGUCAGCAAAGGUACUGAAUUAGAGAAAGUGCUGAAAAACAUUGUACACUUUGUGUGCAAGGAAAAACCUGGAGUAUUGGUAGACAGGGGCCCAGAGUUCAGUUCACAGCUGGAAUGGCUGUUGAAACAACUGAUAAAGUCAGACAAACAGCGUCUUCAAGAGAAUGAAAUUACAUUCAGUGGAUUCUUCUUGUCAGCUGUGGCACAAGAGGAUAUCAAGUCAUGGGUCGAAGGCAGAGCAGGCAUCGUCAUAUUUCUUAAGUUGAUUGACACAGAAAUUCCAUCCGUUCGGAGGUCUGUCAAAAAGUUGUUUACACCUGAUAUCAAGGCAGCUAUUGAUACUACUACAGCUGGUGAUACGCUCAGAAACAAGCUUAAACAGAUAUGAGAGAUGGAGAGAGAUGAACAGUGAUUAUAUUUAAACAUUGUAUCUGUAGAUUGCAUCUGUACUGUAGAAAGAUACUACCAUGUAUUAAGAUAUCAUUUACUCAUCAUCUCUGUUGCUCGAGGAAAAUAAACUUUUUCAUUUCCAUGA